GCAACAUCAGGGUACAUUUCACCCUCCAACACCCGCACACACUUUAGUCCUUCAUCUUCUCCUCCUCCUCCUCACCUCAGGCCGGUAGAUCCACCAGGCUUUGACCCGCAGCAGGAUGACACUGGAAACCCACAGAGACGCCGUGGAGCCCGAGCAGGCCGACAACCCUGAGGGCAGCGUUGUGAGGAGAGACGGUGUGUUCCGCUCCGUGCUGCGCGGCCUCCUCUGGCCCUUCGGCGUCGUGGUGCGCGUGUAUAGAGGGUUUUGGUGGGUGCUGGGCUUCCGGCAGCCACAGGAGAAAUCCUUCGUGAACCCCGCGGUGCCCAGUCCCGCACGCCAGAGCCUCGCCGGCCGGAAGCGCCUGCACCGGGUCACCCGGCUGCUGCUGGCCAUCCUGCCCCGCCGGGUGCAGGGCGCCCUGGGGUACCCGGUGUCCAGCAGCAUUGGGCGCUCCCUCUCACCAGAAAUCCGAGUCUCUCCUACGAAACCUUGUGGAAAGGGCAGCAAGAGGAAGCAGGAUGAGUUGGAUGAGGAUGAGGAGGAAGAGGAGAGUCAGACCUGGGUGGAGGCGCUCACUCAGGAGCUCGCUGAAGACGAAGGCCCAGAGAUGGAUCCUGACUAUGAGGCAGAGCCCAGAAUCUAUGUGUAGCCACAACUCACGGGUGGCAGUCCUUUUUACCCUGGAGAACAAAGAAGCAUGUGGGCCAGCCUGAUCCUUCCAUCGAACUGUUUGAACUGAAGACAUGGAUUGUGAGUCUCCUUUGAUUUAAAUGCAUUUAGAGUAUCCUUAGAGGAUCAUUAUUUAUUUGUGGUGUUAAGUUUUAAUUGAGCAAAGUGCUAGUUCAGGCAGGACACAGUGUCAAGCUCAGCUCACAUCCCAGCUGCAUCAUCUGAUCUCACACAGUCAAUCAACUGAUGGUUCAGCUGAUUGAUGGAAGGGAGUCAGCUGGUAGAUCACAUGAUUCCUUUCUAUGCAACCACUUGGCUAAUCUCAUUCAGGGUGCCUUAUUUAAACUGCUCUGGCCUGCCUACUGUUGCUGCUUCCUCUGCAAACCACUUUGCUACCUUGCUCCACCCCAGCUCCUCCUUUUCUUGCUGUGUCUGACUUAUCAGUGUCAUUUCUGUUUGUCAUUGGUGCUGCUCUGUUCUGUUCCUGGGGGUCUUUGCUGCUGCUCUCCCUGCCUAAGGCUUUCCAUGUAGGUGCAUGGAAGGGCAGGGAGGUUUGCCUCUGCCUCAGGCUUUCCUCGUGCACAUGAAAGGGCAGAGAGGUUUGCUCUCUCUACCUUAUGGCUUUCCACGCAGGUAUGUGGAGGGGUGGAGAGAUUUGCUCUCUUCGCCUUAUGCUUUCCAUGUAGGCGCUUGGAAGAGGCUUUCUGCCUAGGCCCGAGGAACGACAGAGGCCCCAGAACAGAGCCAUACUGCCAAAUAUAAUACUCCAAAUGGAAGUUAACUGUCCUCUGACUAAAGUUUUCCUGGUUGAAUUUCAGUUAUUUCCUGAUUCCUAGGUGAUAGGUAUUGUGUUUGAAGUUAAAUUACC